AUGGUUUCCGUCACCAUCUCCUACCGCCAGCCGGGCACCCAGCCGCCCAUAUUUGUUGCGGGCUCCUUCUCCGAUCCGCAAUGGCAGCCUCUUGAGAUGCAGUUCACCACCGACGAGGGAGGAGAGCAUACAUUCUUCAAAUCCGUCGAGGUACCGCCAAGUUCGCAGAUCCAGUACAAGUUUCGUGUUGGCCUUGGUGACUGGUGGGUUCUCAACCAAAGCGCUACUACAGUGACCGACGACUCUGGCAACCAGAACAACGUCCUGACGGCCCCGGCUUCUCAAGAGUUCACAGAGAUGAACGGUGUAAAAACCAACGGCGAGCAACAGAACCACCAGACGGACUCAAAUUCUACCAAGAUGGAUGCCUCAACUAUUGCCGCUACCCACUCGACUGCUCAGCUUGAGCCGAAGCCUAAGAUGAUCGACCACCUGAAGGACGAGGAACGGCAGCGACUUUUGUCGACCCCGAUUGGAAAGGUUGCAGAGACCGCUGCAGAGGUCGCCGACACUGCCGAGAAGCUUGAUGCCGAAGACAACACGGCCCGCCUUACACCACUUGCCCGUAUCAAGGAUGAGGAGAGAAAGCGUCUUUCUUCGACUCCGAUUGAGCAGGUGGCUACUACCGCGGCGGAGGUUGCUGAUACGGCAGAGAUGCUGGACGCUGAUCAGGACUUUGACGACAAGGAUCUGGCGGACGACGGUCCUCCGCCUCUGUUCGCCCACGAAGCUCUCGGCCCGUACGAGCCACCGAGUGAUAGUGAGGAUGCUACGAAGGAGUAUGAGCACCACGGCACUGUUGAGUAUGACGUCGACAAGUACGACUUGAACGACCCGGCUCUAGAGAGACUGCCGUCAAAACGCGAGGAGAUUCUGAACACCGUUCGAAACGUGGAAACGGGCCGCAACGAAGACCAGACGUACUUCCACGGCACUCCCAUGUCACCCAUUGUCGGAUCAAGAAAAGCAGGCCUCGACCCAUACGAGGAGGCCGUGAUCUCGCCAGGCCCCUCUAGUCCAGGUGUAGGCAAGAAGCUCGAGCUGCCUCGGAAGAAGCAGGGCUCAAUGGUGUCGGAAAGAUCUCUCGCUUCCUUAGGCUCGAUCGUCGAGGAGGAGGGCAAGGACUCACCUGGGUUGGAUGAGGCGAACCGCGAGACCGAAGGUCCCGUCCGCGUCCCUAGCCCCGCAGUCCGCCCAACACCUAACGUCUUCAAUUCUCCCGCUAGUGACGAGGACGAGGGAGUCGUUAUGAAGGGCUCCAAGUCGAAGCCAAAGAAGAGCGGCGAGCCUGGCAGAUCAGAGUCUCCCGACUACAACGGUAACACCAACGGCAAGCAUUCGAGAGACCUCUCCCCGAAGACGCAGCCCGCACAGCCGGACAGUCCGAGCAUCCAUGUGCAGCCCCCCGACGACGCAGCCGAGUCCAGCAACGCCGCUGCCUCCAACUCAGAUGGAAAAGCCUCGACGACUGCCCGAGACGAAAGCCACAAGGGGCAGCUUAAGAAGCGCGGAGGAGCCUCAUCGACCGACCGCCCGGGAACCCCCUCGUCCAUACACAGCGUCGCCGAUAGCAAGGGCAACUGGCUUUCGGCCUUUUUCCGCGUACUCUUUGUUGACUGGAUCGGCGGUCUGUUUAGCCGGUUGUUCGGCAGCAAGAGAAAGGCGUAA